AGUAACGAAGAAAAAAUAGAUUUUAACGAUAUCAAUCACGAUAUUUGAAAGUGAUAGCAUGAAUCCGUGUUCUGAUGCUGCUCCUCAACAUGAUAAUGAGGGUGAUGGUCGAUGGAACAGUAUUCAUAAUAGGUUUUUGUCUGAUGCAAAGGGGAAAGAAGCUGAUGUAGUAUUUAUAGGUGAUUCUAUAUUGCAAGCUUUGGAACACACUGAAGUAUGGAACCAAUGGUUUGCUCCUCUCCAUUGCCUUAAUUUUAGUAUCCAUAGAGAUCAAACUCAAAAUGUUUUAUGGCGCAUCAAAAAUGGAGAGCUUGAUCAUGUUGAUCCAAAAGUUGUAGUAUUGCAUGUUGGCACAAAUAAUGUUGAUCAUUCUGCUGAACAAAUCUGUGAAGGAAUCCUUGAAAUUGUAAGAACAAUCCGAGAGAAACAUCCAAAUGCAUAUAUUGUCUUACCAAGCCUGUUACCUCGGGGACAAUAUCCAAAUUGUUUAAGAGAAAAAAAUUCCAAAAUUAAUCAACUUUUACGUGAAAAAGUCAUGAACAUGAAUAAAGUGGAAAUGGUAUUUAUAAACAAAGGUUUUAUUCAAAGUGAUGGAAGUAUAAGCCACCAUGACAUGCAUGACUAUUUAAUACCAACUAACACAGCUUGUCGGAAGGCAUUUGAGCCUAUAUAUGAUCUGCUCCAACAAAUUCUAUCAGAGAGUGAACCGGAAAAGGACUUAACACCUUCGGAAUGAGAAGAUUCCAGUUCUGUUUUUUUAUUAAGCUCAUUGUGAUGGAAUUGUAGUACUUACUUUUAGCUUUUUUUACCUUAGGCUUAAGCAUCUAAUGAACUUUAGUUGUAAUCUUGCAUUAAUUUAAAACAUUCCAAAU